AUGAAGUUCCUAACUGUAACUUUCAUCGCGUCCAGCCUGCUAGCACAAACAAGUGCUACGGCCGUGCAGCGAGAUUAUGAUUCAUACGAUUUUAUCGUUGUAGGCGGUGGCACAGCUGGCCUUGCGGUCGCUUCUCGCAUCAGCAUCGGGCUUCCAAACCUUAGUGUGCUGGUCAUUGAAGCCGGCCCGGAUGGGCGUCAGGAGCCUGGCAUCUCAAUCCCAGGUCGAAAGGGAUCGACCCUCGGAGGGAAAUACGACUGGAAUCUGACUACGGUUGCGCAACCAGCAGCCAACAGUCGCGUUUUCGCACAAAAUCGUGGCAAGGUGCUUGGUGGCAGCUCAGCACUCAAUCUCAUGACAUGGGAUCGUACCACUGUCGCUGAAUUAGAUGCCUGGGAGACACUGGGAAAUAAAGGAUGGAACUGGAAGAGUUUGUACCCGGCGAUGCUGAGAUGCGAGACAUUCCAGCCUUCGCCAGCGUAUGGGGACCAAGGCGUCGGCACCACAGGUCCCGUUCGUACAGUCAUCAACAGGAUCUUCCCACGACACCAAUCGACAUGGUACCCUACCCUUAACAACCUUGGGUUACAGACAAACAACGAGUCUCUCAAUGGCAACAACAUUGGCGUAUCUACGCAGCCCAGUAAUGUCAGCCCUGACUACACCCGGUCUUACGCGCCGGAUUAUCUUAAGCUCACUAAGAAGAACCUUGUGGUGAAGGUCGACACUCGCGUAUCAAAGAUCAACUUCAAUGGCAAUACUGCUGUCGGUGUUACUCUUGAGAACGGCACGAAACUUACUGCAAGGAAAGAGGUCAUCCUCUCGGCUGGGUCUUUUCAGACUCCUGGUCUUCUGGAACUUUCCGGUAUCGGUAAUGCCACUCUUCUGAAGCAGCUUGGGAUUCCUGUCGUCAAGGACCUGCCUUCUGUGGGCGAAAACUUCCAGGAUCACAUUCGUAUCCAAGCCUCGUACCAACUCAAGCCUGAGUAUCCCUCAUUCGAUGCACUCAGGAAUACGACCCGGGCUGCUGCCGAAUUGGCUCUUUACAACGCGGAUCAAAGGUCGCUCUACGACUACACAGCUAGUGGCUAUGCCUACUUUCCUUGGACAACCGUGUCAAACGAUACUGCUACCAAGCUUCGCUCUCUGGUUGAGGCAGACACGACCUUGACAUCGGCUGUUGAUAAGGUCAAGAAGAGUUACUUUUCUCCACCUCUCAGUGCGACCGUUCCUCAAUUGGAGGUGAUCUUCUCCGAUGGAUACACUGGUCUCAAGGGCUACCCUGCAGCCACCUCCCCGCUUUUUGGCAUCGGCACUUUUACUCUGAUCGGCGUUGUGCAGCAUCCUCUGAGCAAAGGCAACGUGCACAUUGCGUCACGCAACAUUAGCGAAAAGCCUAUCAUCAACCCCAACUACCUCUCGCAUCCAUAUGACCUGCAGGCCGCGGCAGGUCUUGCGAAAUACCUCCGGAAGAUAGCUUCUUCCAAGCCAAUGAGCGACAUCUGGACGGAGGAAUAUGAGCCCGGCAACGCCGUCCAGACUGACGAAGACUGGAAAAAGUAUGCUUUGGCCAACACUUUGAGCAUUUACCAUCCUAUUGGCACUGCUGCACUGUUGCCUGAGAAGGACGGUGGUGUGGUGGACCCCAACCUGAAGGUUUAUGGCGUCAAGAACUUGAGGGUUGUGGAUGCAAGUGUAAUUCCUCUUCUUCCAAGUGCACAUCUACAGACACUUGUCUACGGAAUUGCUGAAAAGGCUGCGGAUAUGAUCAUCAAACAGGCAAGGAAGUGAGUCAAAUAUAUAGAUACUAUAUCGCUUUGUAUUGCAUGUGAUACUUUACCUCGAAGAAAUAUACAUAGUAGAGAGAC